CGGGCGCCGCUCUAUAAAUACUGGGCCGCUUCGCCCGCCGCUUCGUUCGCUCCGAGUCUCCGGCCUGCCGAGAGCUGAAGCGCUUCUCCGUCCGCGUCCUCCGCAGUCCUCUGCCUCGCCGCCGCUCCUUCCUCCUCGGUCGCCCCCUCUCUCUCCGCCGCCGCCAUGAACGGGCAGCUCAACGGCUUCCACGAGGCGUUCAUCGAGGAAGGGACGUUCCUCUUCACUUCGGAGUCUGUAGGGGAAGGUCACCCAGAUAAGAUUUGUGACCAAAUCAGUGAUGCUGUUCUUGAUGCACACCUUCAGCAAGACCCUGAUGCCGUUGAUUACCAGAAAGUGGUUCGUGAAGCCAUAAAGCACAUUGGAUAUGAUGAUUCUUCCAAAGGGUUUGACUACAAGACUUGUAAUGUGUUGGUUGCCUUGGAACAACAGUCACCAGAUAUUGCCCAAGGUGUUCAUCUUGACCGGAAUGAAGAAGACAUUGGUGCAGGAGACCAGGGUUUGAUGUUUGGUUAUGCCACUGAUGAAACUGAAGAAUGUAUGCCUUUAACUAUUGUCUUAGCACACAAGCUAAAUGCCAAACUGGCUGAACUACGCCGCAAUGGCACGUUGCCUUGGUUACGCCCAGAUUCUAAAACUCAAGUGACUGUGCAGUAUAUGCAGGAUCGAGGUGCUGUGCUUCCCAUCAGAGUCCACACUAUUGUUAUAUCUGUUCAGCAUGAUGAAGAAGUUUGUCUUGAUGAGAUGAGGGAUGCUCUGUAGGAGAAAGUGAUCAAAGCUGUUGUACCUGCAAAAUACCUUGAUGAGGAUACAAUUUACCACCUACAGCCAAGUGGCAGAUUUGUUAUUGGUGGGCCUCAGGGUGAUGCUGGUUUGACUGGCCGAAAAAUCAUUGUGGAUACUUAUGGCGGUUGGGGAGCUCAUGGAGGAGGGGCCUUUUCAGGAGGAUUAUACCAAAGUGGACCGUUCAGCUGCUUAUGCUGCUCGUUGGGUGGCAAAAUCCCUUGUUAAAGGAGGUCUGUGCAGGAGGGUUCUUGUUCAGGUCUCUUAUGCUAUCGGAGUUUCUCAUCCAUUGUCGAUCUCCAUUUUCCAUUAUGGCACUUCUCAGAAGAGUGAGAGAGAGCUAUUAGAAAUUGUAAAGAAGAAUUUUGAUCUUCGCCCUGGGGUCAUUGUCAGGGAUCUGGAUCUGAAGAAGCCAAUUUAUCAGAGGACUGCAGCCUAUGGCCACUUUGGUAGGGACAGCUUCCCAUGGGAAGUGCCCAAAAAGCUUAAAUACUGAAAGUGUUAGCCUUUUUUCCCCAGACUUGUUGGCGUAGGUUACAGAGAAGCCUUCAAGCUCUGAGGGAAAGGGCCUUCUUCCUAAAUUUUUCUGUCCUCUUUCAGCUCCUGAUCAGUUGCAGU